AUUUAUAGUUAAACGGGUAUUCGAAUAUUAAACAGUAACAUUUUAUUUAUGAAUAAUACAAUUUCAAAAUCAAGAUGUGUUUAAAAAAGUGAAUAAAUCAUUAAAGAAAAGACGAGGGAGAACCCUGCGAACGUAUUAAUUUUGUUUCCUCUUAAAUAUGAAAAGAUGGCGGAUAAAUACUUCAGGCUUGUGUACUUUGCGGUGAACAUUUGUCCUGAACCUUUACGACAAUUUUUCAUCAAGCUUGCCAAGCAAGAUGCAGGUUCUUCUUAUACAACCGUUGAUGCAUAUCUUGCGUACAGGCGGCCGGACGUGAUGCAGCUGAAAAAGAAGAAAAGGAUAAGAGAAAAUCAGUAUGAUUUACUGUAUCCUGGUCAUGGCACAGCUGAUGUUGACCAAUGGGAUGUUACACUUCUUGUUACAAUGAUUACGGAAAUGUUCACGACAAGCAUACAACCACUUGAUAUAUUUCUCAUGAAGAAUGAAAUUCGCGGGAUACGCAACGAGUUGCAGCAUCUCCCAAACACUUCAAAUAUGACAGACAAAGAUUUUGAUGACUACUGGAGACGUCUUGACACUGCCACUAUUGCCAUAGCAAAGCAGGUGUUUAGUGCGGAACGUGAAGAAUUGUUUCGAAAGAAAAUUGAAAAUGCUAAAGGCAAUAACCUUCCAAACCUUGGGGAUUCUCUACGCCAGUGGUACGAAGAAAUCAUUAAGCAAAUGCAAAACAAAUUAAAUGAAAUCGAGUCAGAUACGAAGGAGACGACUUCAAUUCUUCGACAAGUGACUGUUCAAAAACCCGGACCUUCAGGCGACAAAAAUAAAAGAAUUAAAACUGCUGAUGACAUCCUGGCAAAGCUUCAAGCUUGUUUUGAAACAACAAUGAAGGAAUUACCAGCAGAUUUCAGUGCACCUUCAGAAGUUGCCGACAUCCGAACAAAAUUAAGAGACAAUCACUACGUGGUUGUCUCCGGAAGUUACAAUAGUCGUUAUUUUGAAACAGCCCUUGCAGCCAUUAAAGGAAUGGGUUACAAUUACAAACGAAGUGUAGAAAUGCACAAGUCUUCGGAUUGGCGCCAUAUCGAUCCUGAAGAUGUUGAUUUGGUUCUCUGCAGGAAUCCUUUUGGAAGUAUUUCAUAUGAUGAAAACAAGUCAAAAAGUAUGGCUGAUAUAUUCAACAAUAUGAAGCAUACAACUAAAGGGGACGAUGACAAAACGCUGGACAUCAUCAUGGUAACAGACUCGAAGAUCCUGGCAGAGUGCAAACAAUUCCAUGAUCACGAUAUCCUUGAAAACGUUGUCAAGGUAUUUGAUGACACAAGCGAAACUCAUCCGGCAGAUCUUACACUUGAGUGCAGAAAUCAGGAUGUGUACUCAGCUUAUUUGCCAGUUAGCAACAACUUGAAAGACAUGACCAGCAACUUCCUGAAGCAAUAUCGAAUCAGCAGCGGUCAAGUUAACGAAGAAAUCCUUAGGAAAACUAGGCUUAAAUUCAAGGCAAAUAAAGCUGUUGUGCUGACAGGUCCUAAGAAAUGCGGAAAGACAUCAGUAGCAGUUGCCUUAGCUUCUUCUUAUGAUCCAUCACAAUGCAUACUUCUGACUGAACCAAACGAUUUUAAGACAAUUGAUUUAAGAAAUACCUGUUUGGUAAUCAUUGAUGAGUUUGCCGGAGAGUACUGUUAUAGCAAGGAAGACGUAUACAAAUGGUACAGCAUGUUUAACCAUGUGUAUAAUGCCAUUACGGCAGGAAAGAUGAACGCGAUAAUCACGUGCGAAAAAGGCAAACUUGAGAAAUGCUGCGUUGAGAUUUCACCACACCCUUUGCUUGAACACAGAGUAGACAUGCCCGAACGUACCACUGUCAUCAAACAGGAGAUGAUGCUUCAGAAUACAGAAAAUACUUUAUUUGUCGCGGACAACUCUCACGGAUCAGUAAGUUAUAGUGCGGUUAUGGAAACAAGUCAUAUGGGAAUUGUGGGAGCGUUAAACACGCCUUAUGGCAAUGACAACCCGACGAUCACUCUGAGAUUGCCGCAAGGAGGAACAGCUCAAGACCAAGACAUCUCCUCUACAGGAAUACCAGGGUCGUUACAGAACUUCAUGACCAGUAAAAACCUAUUUCCAACAACUAGGAAGAAUAUUGUACCAGCACAUGCAUUAUCAAUAGAAAGAGGAGAUAUUGUAAAUAACUAUGCCGGAUCAACAGAUACAGGUUCUAUGAUGAAAUCAAGUAGAAACGGAAUAUCGGGAGCAUUUAACAUAGAAAAGAGAAUAUUGAGAUUGCCACAGCCAGACAGAAGGCAGGAUCUAUCCAUCUCUCAUAUGGGGACGCCGGCAUCGUUGCAGAACUUCACGUUCAGAUAUGGAAGACCUUUUCCGCCAGCACAAACAGUAUCAACAGAAAUUGGAGUUGGUACAGACCCGCUGUCUCAGAUUCAUGGACAUCAAAGAGUAACACAUAACCGGGCAAACAUUCCAGGUGCACAGGGACUAACAAGUUCACAUGUAUGGUCAAUCAAGGAUAAACAUAAGAGUAAAAUCUGGGUAAAAGGUGACGGAAAUGGAUGUAUUAUCGUUGGUUGUUGCCUUUUACCUUUUGGAGAGAUUCUGUUAGCAGACUACACAAACAAAAGACUGAAGAAACUUGAUUCCAGGUACAAGGUGAUCAGUGUGUUUAAUAUGGCUGUAUAUCCCAGUGAUGUUUGUUAUAUCGGUGACAAUGUAGCUGUAGUAGCUGCAUUCGAUCAACUGAAGUUUGUGGAUAUUAGGGGCGGUAUGACAUUCACCAGGUCCGUUGAUACAGAUGAUGGUUGUGAUGGACUGGCCUAUGGUAAUAAUCAGCUAUAUGUUGUAGGUGGCAGGUCCGUCCAUAUAUACAGUAAAGAUGGUAUAAGGCAACGUAUUCUAUAUACUCAUCGGUCUUAUUUGUACAGUAGUAAAAUUGCACUAAAUGAUGAUGGGAGUUUGAUAUACAUCUCAAACUUAAAUGGUGGACUUGUUACCAUUGACAGCUCAGGAAACCACCUGUACACAUUUACUGAUUCAGAACUCGGUAGAGCCGGUGGAGUUUGUGUAGAUGGUGAAGGUCAUGUCAUAGUACCUGACUUUUCCUCAGACAAGAUACUACAGCUUAGUUCUGAUGGUAAGAAGAAACUGGGAAUCAUAUCACACGGAUCUGAUUACAUAUACGGGACAAGAACAUUGUGUUUUGAUAAACAAAAUGCAGUCUUAGUAGUAGCUGGCUAUGAUGAUAACAUUAAGGUUUUAAAACUACAGUAAAAACAACAUAUCUAUGACUUGACUGUUAAAUGUAUACAACAAAUAAAAAUAAUGUUUAUGGUAUUUUUAAUAGAUGUACAUGUUGAAAUUUAAUUUUGGUUUUGCCUCCUUACAUUGCCUGUAUGUUUGUGUUACGAGAAUGUGAAUGUCGUAUAAGAGUAGGUAUUAAAAUGUUUUAAAUU